UUUACGCCUCCUUUGUCAGUCUCUGUCAGGAAAACCUCUACAGAAACCACUGGCCCUCCAGGUUAGGGGUUGGGCGUGGGGUCAACAACUCCACCCCGUAAAAACUAUCUAGUUACGGAAACCGAAACUAUGAAUUCAAAUCCGCAGGGUCCUAUGGAAAUUUCAAGCCAAGCUACAGAGCUAGGCAGUAUGACGACUCCUAGUGAAAACCCAUCACGGGAAGCUAUGAGCUCAAGGAGGAGUUUUCUUGGGCCCAAAACGAUGAUAUGACUUCCAUCACGGAACGUCCGCACAAUUUUUGAAACUGGUAAGACGGCACAGGUUGCGAAGGAGAUGGAAAGAUAUGACCUGGACAUCCUUGGUGUUAGUGAAUGUAGAUGGACUGGCGCAUGAAGAUGAGAUGGCUUCACAAUUUUGUUUUCCGGGAAAGAAAUUACACAUGCAAAUGGUGUUGAGCUUAUCAUCAACAGAAGCACAGAAAAGACCCUUAUUGAAUGGGAGCCUGUCAGCGACAGAAUCAUCAGAGCAAGGUUCCAUUCCAAAUAUUCCACUAUACUACAAUGUUGUGCCCCUACAAACGAGGCUGAGGACGAGGUAAAAGACGACUGGUAUGAACAGCUCCAGUAUGAAGUAUCCAGAGUCCCUCAACAUGACUUGCUUUUGAUAAUGGAAGAUAUUAAUGCUAAAGUUGGCUUGGACAACAGCAACUGCGAAGCUGCUAUGGGGAAGCAUGGCUGUGGCAGUAUUGAUGACAAUGGAGAAAGGUUGGUUGAUUUUUGUUUGAACAAUAACUGUAUAAUAGGGAGUAAAAUCUUCCCCCACAAGAACAUUCAAAAACUGUCCUGGAAAUCCCCCGAUGGUCGUACAAUCAACCAGAUCGACCACGUAAUAAUCAACAAGAAGUGGAGGAGAUCCCUUCUGGAUGUAAAAGUAUAUCUGGGUGCAGAUGUAAGCAGUGAUCACAACAUGCUAUUCGCAAAAAUGAAGUUAAAGCUUAUGGCUGUAGACUCCAAUAAACAACGCAGGAGAGUGUAUGACAUCAACCGACUGAAAUCGCAAGAGGUCAGAAGAAACUUCAGCAUUGAACUUAAGAACAGGUUUGCUGCACUUGCCGCUCUUGAGGAUGAAACAGAUCAGGAUCCAGUGGAGUGCUCAUGGAAUCGAUUCAAGGAAGCGUAUGCUGAUGCUGCAAAGAAAGCUGUCGGCUUUAAGAAAGAAGACCAAGAAAUGGUUAUCAGCUGAAACUUGGGCCAGAAUAGAAGCUAGGAGGGAGGCAAAGGAGAAGAUGCUGAAUGCUAAAUCGUCAAAGCAGAUUUAACGGACACAGCAGGAGUACAAGAUCAAAGACAGAGAAGUGAAGCGGUGUGGAAGAAAGGACAAGGGGAACUUCAUCAAGAAACUGGCUAGCGAAGCAGAGGAAGCAGCAAGAGAAGAGAGAGUUUGGUACAGUUUACAAGAUCACUAAACAGCUUUGUGGCAACAACACCAACCACAGCAUGCAGAGGAACCAGCAGAUCCACCACCUUCUGAAUCAUAUCUUGAUUUAGUAGAA